AUGUUAGCACAAUCAAGAGAGAUAAAUAUAGUUUGUGAAAUGAAGUCUGGUGGUAUGUUCGAUCUUUAUCCUACAUGUAUGUCAUUUUUUGCUAAUGAUGUAAAUAAUUACGCUGUUGAUGCUGAAAAUGGUAAUGCUUAUUAUGGACAACGGCAUAGCAGUCGUACAGUUGUUGCUGAAGAAACUUCACGUCAUGUUCCAUAUAAAAGAAAAUGGUGCACCUCUUACAGCUAUCUCUAUCCUGGUGCUUUUAGUUUUUCAUCACUGUUUCUUACUGCAUCAUUAGAUUGGACUGUACGUUUAUGGUCUACACGUGAACAUAAAGCUAUACAUACAUUUGGUGAUUAUUUGGAUUAUGUGUAUGAUGUAUGCUGGAGUCCUAUACAUCCGGCUGUAUUUUCCGCUGUUGAUGGUACUGGAAAUUUAGAUAUAUGGGAUAUGGAUCGCGAUGCUGAAAAAAUUAUUAUUAUUCGUUUCUUGAAACUUGUGUAUUACUGUUGUUAUUUUGAUAGUGAUAAUUUCAAUUUCACUGUUGAAAAUAGCUUGUAUAUUCCUGUGGCUCGUCGCAAAUUAGGAUUAUCAAGCAAUGUAGACACAUCUUCAUCGUUAUCAUCUGGUCAAGUUGGUGUUGCUUUAAAUAAAUGCCGUUGGAAUAUUGCAGGCACACAUGUAGCUGUUGGAGAUGAUACCGGUCGUGUUACUGUUUGUAGUGUUCACGAAAGUCUUUCUCAACCUGUCACUGAAGAUUGGUCUAGUUUCGCACAUGUAUUAGCAGAUCUUAAACACUAUGAAAUGGAGCCAGAAGUAGAAACAGGAGCAUAA